AGCACCUCGUUUUCAUCAACUUACCCAAUCUCUCAGUUUAUUUGCGGCGUCCUCUUCUGAUACGACGCGUUUGCCGACUCAGUAUACGUUCAUUCCAUCGGGCAACAACGACGUUGCGCUGGGUCCAAGAAGCACGAAGCCCUUCCAGUUGAAAACAAGAAAACGCCUGAAUACCUGACACCAACUUUCAAAACAACGUAACAGCUGCAUCUCACCAUGGAUCUAUCACCUUCGACCUGGCGCGUCCUGGGACUAUCGGUAGCGGCCACCUACAUCGGGCUGGGCACAAAUGCCAUUGCUGCUCCUGUUCAAACCGCCAAGGUUUUCGGAGUCUACCCAGAAGGUACACCGUCAGCUUCCGACGACAAAGUUUACCUUACGGACAAGGACAAGCAUGCCAAAGCGGCGACCAUGUCAAUGAAGCUCCUUGGCGUCCGAGAUGUUAGCAUUGGGCUCGCUAUAGCGGUCUUUGGCUAUCAGGACAAUCAACGAGCGAUGGGGACGGUCAUACUGAGUGGACUGGUUCUGUGCGUUGUCGAUGUUUAUGAGAUUUGGAAGGUGCGUGGUCCGGGUUGGGGGAGCGCAUUUGCAAUGGGAGCAGCCAUUUGGAUAGCAAUUGGAUACGGACUCGUCCAGUAA